AUGACGCUGUGGAUUGAAACAUCAACCAAUAUUAGACAUUAUUAUAAUUCUCAGGGACCAGAGCAAGAACCGAUUGUUGAGGACUUGGAUACAAAAAUGCAAGAGGUUAUUGUUCUUGCAGAAAAAUCAAAAAAAUCAAAAAAAAAAAAAUCAAAAGGGCACUAUCAUGACAAUAUAGACAAAGCCCCUAGUAAUAAAACUUACAAUAAAAAGAAAAAAAAAACUGAUUCAGGGACAGACUUCAGCUUUGAAGACAAUUCCAGAUUUGCCAUUAUUGACCCUGAAAGCACCAUAAAACAAGAAAAACAAGAGCCUCGUGCAACACAAAUGUCAGGAUGCCAACCACUUGAGCUUCCUAUAUCUAAAGAAGACAAUAACAAUUCUAUAUCUAUGACAGCGUAUACAUUAUUAAAAGACAGUGAAUUUACAAGACUAGCAAAGUUUUUGGACUUUGAAAGUUCAACAUCAUCAAAAAAAUAUGUCUGUUCAUUCUGA